CGUUCCUACAGCGUAGGCUGCGCUGACCAAAUGGAAAACCCGGGCCCCAUCCAAAAGGAGACGGAGCUGCACAUCAUCGAGCCGGAAGCCCAGGAGCAGAGCGCUCAGAGGCUGGAGGAGUUCAGACGCCUGGCUGCUGAGGUCCAAGCACUGGAGAAGACGUCCAAGGACAACGCAAAUGAAAAUCAGCCUCAAAACCUCACGCAGAACCAGGCCCACCAAAAGUCUGUUGGCAUAGUUACUGAUCAAAAUAUGAAUAAUCUUCCAGCCACCCAAAGAAAGCCAGAGAAGGAACGCCGUUUUCAGGACGCAGCGGUGUCUACAGAGCGCCUGGAAAUCCGGAGCGCUGCAGUUGGCGUCACCGAGGCCAUGCUGGGCACGAGCAGCGAAGCUGAGAAAGAGAUCGAGCUCCAGCAGCAGACCAUCGAGUCCCUGAAGGAGAAGAUCUACCGCCUGGAGGUGCAGCUCAAAGAAACCACUCAUCAGAUGGAGAUGGGCAAGCUGAAACUGGAGCUCCAAGCUGCCGGUGGCUCGAACAAGAAAAAAGCAGACAAAGGUUCGAUGGUGAAGCCGGAGAUGUACAGCGCCUGUGUGGAGGCGAAAGUCCAGACACGCAGCCAGGGAGUGGGCGAACAUCUGGACUUCAGCCAUGUUAGCGCUGCGAAAAGUCCACAGACUCUGACGAGAGGAGUGUCCUGUCAGCCUUCUGUGCACAGCGUCGCCACAGGACCGGAUAUCCCCAUGCACCGGUGGGUGGUGCACGAGCAGGUGGAGGUGUCUGACCAGUGUGUAGGACGGCACGUGGAGACGUGCCAUCGGCAGGUAGGCGUAGAGCUCAGCGUUUGUGAGGUGGGAGUGAACACGGAGGAGCUGGUGGACAGCUUGACCCUCGGUGAACCCGCGAUGGAAGCCAGCAGAGAGCAGAGAUCGGUCGGCUGUGGAGACUGUUCGGUGGACGUGAUCGUCAGUCCCAUCAAGACGCUGGUGUCGCAAGGAACUGAGACUGACCGGGUCAGUCAAGUGGACUCUGGAGUCACGGCGGCGCCUGAGUUACUGACUCAGGCGACCAGCACCGAGGCAGCAGUUGCACACAAAUCCAUGAACACGAAGCACGCCGUCCUCUCAGACUCGUUCACGCACAUGGAGUCGGUUACAUCAGAUAAACAAACCAACACGGUGGUCACAGAAACCCGGACCGUCGCUGCCGGAGAAGGACUCGUCAAAGACGUUCACGCAACGGCAAAGAUGCGUUCGGUUGUCGGCUCUGGUUCACGAUGUUCUGCGUCUCCUGCAGGGCAGAGCACCCUGAAAUCCAUCAUGAAGAAGAAAGACGGCCGAGCCGACUCCAACGGCACGAAGAAGAACCUGCAGUUCGUCGGCGUGAACGGAGGGUGCCUUCUGGAAGUUUUGACCUGUCUGUGUUGGUGUGUUUCAGACGUGUGUAAUGUGAACCAGCAGAACAAGGCGGGAUACACCCCCAUCAUGCUCGCCGCGCUCGCAGCCGUGGAGACGCCCAGGGACAUGCGUAUUGUGGAGGAGCUCUUCGGCAAGGGUGACGUCAACGCACGCGCCAGUCAGGUCAGUGAGAGGAGGUCAAAAGGUCGCAGCAGUAAUGCGAAGGUCAUGACGGCCAGACGAGAGCAGAGUCGCAAAAGCAGAAAUCAAACGUGCACAAUGAACGGAGCAGAAACGGCAAAGUUACUGAAAAAAUCAGAAAUGCACAAAUGAAACUAAACAUGAGUCGAUGAACGACUGCCUGCAAAAGUUUAGACAGUUUAGUUUAAAGUGGGAAAAACUGCACUGUAGUGACACCGUGUGGUGGAGAAAGGUAAAGGCCUGGAUUUUUAAAAGUGAGACAAAUUUAACAGUUUGUGGAAAAACUGAACAUUUGAUCUGGAGUCGUGUUUGGGAACGAUGCAGCGGGAACACGAUCCGUGGUUCCAGACAAAGUUUCUUAGAGCUGUUGGAGAGGUUUUGACCUGGUGCCACUCGGUGUGUUUGUGGCACAAUAUGUGCCGUGAUGAACACAAGCCAACGUUAAACUGCCUCUAUGGGAGUUUUCAAACAUUAUGUUGAAAUAUAGAAAAGGAUCAGUAUGAGUCAGUGGUAAAGGCUGGACUCCCAUGGUAUGUCAUGUACUGGUGACCUCUGACAUCAGAAGAAAGAAGAAAUUAUGUUCUAAGGACUGAAUGCCUAUG